AUGGAAAUCGCAGAUGCGGAUAGGUACGAUUGCGGAUCGUGCACCCAGCCCAACUCAGCUGACGUCGGAAUGGUGGCCUGCGAUACCUGCGGUGGAUGGCAUCAUUACGCUUGCGUGGGAGUUUCCCCGGGAGUGGAAAAUCGUCCGUGGCGGUGUAGGAAAUGUCCGCCAAUGCCUCAACCACUACCCCCAGGCACAGGAGCCACUAAAAAGCAGCUAAAAGUUACAGCUGACAAUAGAGAAAACCGUAGUAUUAGAAGCGGUUCUAGCCAUAAAGUCCCAGGAGCUACGGGUCAUACCAUUAUAAGGAACGACGAAGACCAGCGAAAUGAGACCCCGAAGAAAAAUCCAGAAAUAAAAGCUCCGGGGUGUUACGACGGGAAAUCAGCAAAGUCCAUCACUUCUAGUGCCCUGGUUCGAGCGCAGCUAGCGUUAAAUCGAUUGGAAGAGGAGCGAUUGCUAGAAGAGACCAAGCUGAAGGAAGAGCGUAUUCGUCUGGAGGAGGAAAGGAUCCAGAAAGAUAAAGAACGGAUGCUUAGAGCGAAGGAAAUCGAGGCGCAGGAGAAAUACCUGCGAGAAAAACGCGAGCUGGAGGAGUUAUUAAACGCCGAAGACGGUUCUCAAGUCAGCGUUCAUAGCGGGACGAGCAAAGCCAAGGCCUGGCUGGAAAAUCAGCGAAGACUAAAAUUAGUGAAUCAGCAUGAAGAACCCCCCGAGCCGGCAAUUGAUGAAUUAUCGACAGAAUCGGAAGCGGCGGGUAGGGGCAUGGGGCCCACUACGAACCAGCUGGCUGCCAGGCAAAUCUGGCCGAGAAAACUGCCGAUGUUUUCGGGAGAACCCGAUGAGUGGCCAAUAUUUUAUAGCAGCUACGAGACUGCGAAUGCAGCAUGCGGAUUUUCGAACGUCGAGAAUAUUAUUCGACUACGGGAAUGCUUGCGAGGCCCAGCGCGUGACGCGGUAGUGACAAAACUGAUGUUUCCACACUGUGUCACAUCGAUAAUGGAAACAUUGCGACGAUUAUAUGGAAGGCCUGAGGUUCUUAUAAAGAACCUUUUGAACAAAGUGCGUCGUGCUGAAGCGCCGAAACCAGAGAGAUUGGACACGUUGAUGAACUUCGGUAUGGCCGUUCAGCAGUUGUGCGACCACUUAGAAGCAGCGAAUUUACGCAGUCAUCUGUCCAACCCAACGCUACUGGAAGAGCUAGUGGAGAAGCUCCCAGCCUCAAUAAAGUUAGAUUGGGUACGAUAUAAACGAACCUUCCACGAACCAUCGCUGAAAGAAUUCGGGCUGUUCAUGGAAGGACUGGUCGCAGAUGCCAGUGAAGUGACAACAUUAGUGCACCCGAAAGUAGACACGUCAAAACAAGAAAAGGGGAAGCAACGAGAAAAAGGACAUCUUCACACCCACGCCGAAACGGAAGAUUUGACGAAGGAUAGCGUUGAGAGGCAACCCUGUUCAAUAUGUGGAAAAAUGGACCAUAGGGUACGGAACUGCGAGAAAUUUCAGCAAAUGAACCUCGAUCAAAGGCUAAGGGCCGCAGAAAAGUGGAAGUUGUGCGAAGUUUGCUUAUUCGAUCACGGUCAUUGGAAGUGCCGGUCAAGGUUCCGAUGCAACGUCGGCAGCUGUCGUCUACGACACCACCCGCUGCUUCAUCGAGUAAUUCGCGCGGAUUGUCAUACGCAUGAUCAAACGCGGAAGACUGUGCUGUUCAGAAUGAUACCAGUAACACUAUUCCACGGAACUCGAAGUUUAGAUACACAUGCUUUCCUCGACGAAGGCUCUUCACUUACAUUGGUUGAAGCAAGUGCCGCGCGCAGUCUUGGGAUAGAAGGCGAGCCGGAGCCAUUAGAGCUACAAUGGACUUCGAAUAUUGUACGGAAUGAAAAGAACUCUCGUCGGGUGGACAUUCAAAUCUCCCCGAAAGGUCUACCGCAGCGCUAUACCUUGAAGGCAGCACACACAAUCAACGGUCUAAACCUCCCAAAACAAAGCUUAAAUGUCGAAGAAUUACGUAGCCGCUACGUUCACCUACGGCAUCUUCCGAUUACAUCCUAUUCUGAGGCAGAGCCGAAAGUCUUGAUCGGAUUGCAAAACCUAGAGUUGUUUGCCCCCUUGGAAAGUCGCGUCGGUCAACCUGGAGACCCGAUUGCGGUACGAAGUGUUUUGGGGUGGGCGGUGUACGGUUCAAACUACACAAAAAUGAAAGCCCAACAUUUCUUGAACCACCACAAGUGCGAUUGCGAUGCCGACAAGGAGUUGAAUGAAAUGAUUCGCCAAAGAUUCGUUUUAGAGGAUGUAGGAGCUGUUACAGGGUUUUUGCCGGAACCCGCAGAAGUAAGAAGAGCACGUGACAUACUAAAGGCUACAACCAGACGUGUGAAUGGCAGAUUUGAAACCGGCCUACUCUGGAAAGUCGAUGACGUGUGCUUUCCCGACAGCCAGCCUAUGGCGUUCCGAAGAAUGAAGGCUUUGGAGACUAAGCUUGCAAAGGAUCCGGACCUUAAGGAAAAUGUCCAUCAGCAAAUCAAGGAGUAUGUGCGGAAACAUUACGCGCACAAAGCGUCGAAGGAGGAACUCGCCCAAGCUGACACGGCAAGAGUAUGGUAUCUCCCGUUAAAUGUGGUAUCCCAUCCUCGGAAGCCAGAGAAGAAACGACUCGUUUGGGAUGCUGCUGCAAAAGUCGACGGAGUUUCGCUGAACUCUCGGUUAUUAAAAGGACCAGACUUGCUUACGUCACUUCCUUCAGUUAUUUGCAAAUUUCGCGAACGGCGCGUUGGAUUUGGAGGUGAUAUACGGGAGAUGUUUCACCAAAUAAGAAUCAGAUCGGUGGACAAACACUCCCAGAGAUUUCUUUUUCGUUUCGACACCAACAAACAGCCUGAUGUUUACAUAAUGGAUGUCGCAACGUUUGGGGCGACUUGCUCGCCAUGUUCCGCUCAACACGUUAUGAAGAAGAACGCAGAAGAAUUUGUUGACCAGUUCCCCGACGCUGCGAAGGCUAUUGAAGACAAAACAUACAUGGAUGACUAUUUCGACAGCGCAGAAACGCCGGAAGAGGCGACCACACGAGCAUUGCAGGUGAGAGCAAUUCACGAACACGCUGGUUUCGAGAUGAGAAAUUGGGUGAGCAGUAGUCCCGAGGUCCUGCGAGGACUUGGUGAAAUCUCCGAACAGAAGCCCUUUUCAUUUGUCGGCAACAAGAAUGAGCAGUGGGAAAGAGUCCUGGGGAUGAUGUGGGAUCCAACCGAAGAUAUGUUCGUUUUCACUGCAAAUCUGUGUGGGGAGUUGGCCCCGUAUGUGACUGGUGAUAAAAGGCCGACAAAGAGAAUAGCUUUGCGGUGCAUAAUGAGCUUGUUUGACCCUUUGGGGCUUCUAGCUCCGUACUUGGUACAUGGACGAAUGCUAAUCCAAGAUAUUUGGCGCUCUGGAGUGGCAUGGGAUGAAGAAAUGCUUGACGUCGAAUUCGAAAAAUGGGAGCGAUGGACAGCUCUCUUGCAAGGGAUCAACCAGUUGAAAAUUCCGCGUUUUUACUUUGGCCAUGAUAUGCACUCCGAAGCCUACGAAACGUUGCAACUUCAUGUAUUCACCGAUGCUAGUCAGACAGGUUAUGGAUGCGCUGCAUACUUUCGGAUCGUCGACCGUGGGGAAAUACGCUGUUCGCUAGUUAUGGCGAGAAGUAAGGUAGCGCCGCUUAAAUACCAAUCGAUUCCACGUUUGGAGCUCCAGGCCGCGGUAUUGGGAGCUCGACUGAUGCAAAAUGUCUGCGAUAGUCACACGGUGAAAGUCUCCAAUCGGUUCCUGUGGACGGACUCCACAACAGUUCUCUCUUGGAUCCGUUCGGAUCAUAAAAGAUACUUGCAGUAUGUAGCUCACCGAGUCGGAGAAAUCCAAUCACUAACUGAUCCUGAUAUGUGGCGGUGGGUAUCGUCAAAAGAGAACGUGGCGGACGCUCUAACGAAGUGGGGAAGAGACACAGAGCCAGAUGCAAACGGGAGAUGGUUCACAGGGGCCUCAAUCAUCAAACGGCAGGAAAAUGAUUGGCCUAUUCAGAAGAUAAUUCCAGCAAAUUCUAAGGAAGAGCUUCGAGCCCAGUUCGUUCUGCAUCACAUAGCCAUACCAAAAGGAUUGGUAGACGCUAGUCGGAUCUCUAAAUGGACGAUAUUGGUUCGCACGAUGGCGGUCGUGCUUCGUUUCAUCGCCAAUUGCCGUCUACGAGCUAAAGGCCUACCAGCCGAAACAGUGGCCGCUCUACCGUCUCAAGAGAAGUAUUUGAAAGGUUCUAAGAUAGGCGUAAAAGUUUCGAUACGGCAGAGUGAGUACCUUUCUGCAGAGCAGUGGCUGUGGCGCAUCGCUCAAAGCGAAAGCUACCCAGAUGAAGUGAAGAUCCUAUUACACAACCGAAAUUUACCACUUGAGCAACGGACGAGAAUUGAAAAGGCCAGUCCCAUAUAUAAGGACUCACCGUUCGCGGACGAAUUCGGAGUGUUGAGAGUCGACGGUAGGACUGCUAAAGCUGACUACGUGGCAUUCGACGCACGCUUUCCGAUCAUUCUGCCGAGGGACCAUCUAAUCACUCUUCGAAUCGUAGAUUACUAUCACCGUAUAUGUGGGCACAUUCACCGAGAGACGGUAAUGAACGAAAUGCGCCAGCGUUACAACAUUGAUCAUCUUCGCUCGGUCAUUGACAAAGUCAUUAAAGAUUGUCACUGGUGCAGAGUGAAGAAAUGCAAGCCGCAGUUUCCUCGGAUGGCGCCUCUUCCUGCACAGAGACUUACUGCGCACGUGCGGCCGUUCAGUUACGUCGGCGUAGACUACAUGGGACCCUUGGACGUCACGGUGGGAAGACGUAAGGAAAAAAGAUACGUAGCUGUGUUCACCUGCCUGGUCGUUAGAGCAAUUCAUCUGGAGGUUUCAUUUGACUUAUCCACCGAUUCAUGUAUUAUGGCUAUCAGACGAUUCGUGCGCAGACGGGGUUCGCCGGUAGAAAUAUUUUCCGACAACGGCACUAAUUUCGUUGGCGCCAGUCGGGAGCUUCAGGAACAGAUUAAACAAAUAAAUGCAGGAUGUGCAGAGACGUUCACCGACGCUCGAACAAAGUGGACGUUCAACCCACCUUCGGCACCCCAUAUGGGGGGUGUAUGGGAGCGCAUGGUACGGAGUGUGAAGGUAGCCAUGAGGGCCAUUGAUGAUGGUCGUAAACUAACCGACGAGAUACUGCUGACGGUGCUAGCGGAAGUCGAAGGAUUUAUCAACGCUCGACCGCUCACAUACAUGCCCCAGGAUUCUACUGAGCACGAGGCACUAACUCCUAACCACUUCCUGUUUGGCAAUACGUCUGGAGCCCACGAACCGAUAACAAUGCCAACAAAACCCGGAGAAGCAUUGAGGAGUGGCUUCAAGCGAUCGCAGUAUUUAGCUGAUGCGAUUUGGGACCGGUGGCUGAAGGAGUACUUCCCCACUAUCAACAAGCGUUCCAAAUGGCUGGAAGAAGUAAAACCGGUCCGAGUCGGCGACCUUGUAUACAUUGCUGAGGGCAACAGAAGAACGUGGGUGCGUGGAAAGAUCGAGGAAGUGAUUGUUGCGAGUGAUGGCAGAAUUCGGCAGGCGAUGGUACGAACUGCAUCUGGAAUGCUGAAACGACCAGUCGCUAAGCUAGCGGUUAUGGAGCUUGGAGUUUCUAGUGAAUCCGAGAAGGAAGAAAAUGAGCAUCACCCGGAUUCACCGGGUGGGGGAUGUUCUGGCAACACGAGAACGACUGGUCACUCUACAGCUUGGCCGAUACGGUCGAACCCAUGA